UCAUUUCCGGUGGAAUAUUCCAGUGACUCCAGCUAUGCCUUUAAAAAGAGACGCGCUGAAAAUACGUUGAAAAGCGUUGUCUGAGACAGAAAGGUGCAGUCUGUAAAAUAAAUGCCAUCUUUGUCCCUUUAAGGUCAUAACUGUUUUUUCGGGGACCCAAAUUCACUAAAUGUGAUUUAUAAAUACUGUGUCGUCGAAGCUGACCACCAAAAGCCGUUAUUUGUCUGCGUUAAUUUUGAGUCGCAUCGUUCUGUGCUUGACCUUGAAGUUUCAGUGCUGUUUGACGUGGAGAGAUCUGUUGACCAUCAUGAUCCUCCUGACUCCCACAUCUGAUGAAGAGUCGCUUGAAAUCAACUGGCUUUGGAAUCACAUCAAGUUCAGCCUUUUUCCAGGACGCUUACAAACUGCUCCUGAACGAACAAGCUAACUGGGUGCAUCUAAAGGAGUUUGCCCGUAAAAAUGCUGCCAAUGCUCUUUCUGUUGCCAACAUGAUCAUGGGCAUGGCCUCAAUCCUCUGCAGUCUCAAUGGUCAUCAUCAUGCCGCAUGCUGGCUGGUUCUGAUCGGUUACCUGCUGGAUUUGGCAGAUGGAGCAGUUGCUAGGCAACUAAAUGCAUGUUCUGCACUGGGUGCAAAGUUGGAUGAUUUUGCUGAUUUCACAACAUUUGGAAUAGCAACAUCUCUCAUCUUAAGGACACCCAGUCUUUUGGAUAACAUCCUGUGCAUGUUGUAUGUGCUGUCUGUCUAUACUCGUCUCUGCUUCUUCUCUAGUGGUAUCCCAUUCAUGUACCGUGGCCUACCAUGUAUCUACUCCUCUGCCAUCCUGGUGUGUGUUUCUCUGCUGACUGGAGGAAAUACGGCAGUGCUGAGAAUCCUAGCAGUGGCCAUGAUUCUCUUCAUGGUCAGUCAGAACUUCUACCCACAUGACAGAGUGCUGGAGUCUCAGGCCUGGAAGAAGGUGGUCUACAUCGGAGGAGUUGCCAUGGUGUUUUGCUCCUCCUUCCCUCCAGCGUGCGUUUACUACCUGUUAUGGUCAAUUUCCUACAUAUUGUUUCCAACAACCCUGUGGAGCAGCAAAGUGUAAAGGGGUAAUGCCCUAUAAGGCUUCUCCUUCCUGCAAAGGAAAAUCAAACCGAUUUAGAAACUCGCAAAACAAUUUUUAAGUCCUUUUUGUUUUGAGGUGAUGAACUUUAUGAAAUCGACAUGAUUUAGGAGGCUAACAGAGAUCUUGAUUGCUGCUGAUGUUUCAUCGCUAAGGAUGAAAAAUGCGCUUUAUCUCUGCUUCACAUGUAUUGUCAUGUGUUUGCAUGGCAUGUUGACAGAGACACCGUAAAUGACUUGGAUACACUGUGUGUGGUGUUUGUUGCACAGUUCUGCCUAAAUGAAUCAAAAAGGCAAGAAGCAAAGUAGAGAUUGUCAAAUUUGCUGUGGAAUUUAUACUUGUAGGAUUACUGCUUUUUGGUUAAGAACUUUUCACAACUCCGCUCUAAAUCAUAAUCAAAAUUUCUGCUUAACUAUUAUAAAAAAAUAAAAAAUAAAAUAAUGACCAUAAGGGAAUUUUAUACAUAUGAUCUGUGUAAUUUCAUGUAAAAAACACUACAGUAUGAUUAAGGUAGUGGCUAUCAUAAUAUACUGUAGUUUAUCUAUUGCCUGGUUGAUGUGUAACCUAAAAUACUUUAUGUCCCUUAUAAUAUUAGGUGGGCCUUUGAAACAAAUGCCUCGUAAUAAUAUGACGGUUGAUUUAGUUUUGAUAAAUGAGUUUAUCUGUACCAUUUCACCUCUGUUUUAAGGGGUUCUGCUUCCUGACUCACAGCUAUCGGUAAUUGCUUGUGUUUAGCGAGUGACCUUCCAUUGAAAUUGCUAUGUACUGUUUACUGGUACAGUGGGAAGUUGAUACCCUGCAACAUAACAGUAUUGAGGCAUUAUUUUGUGUUCUGUACACCACUUGUGGUUAAUUUUUAUUAAAAUUUAGUGGUGUUAAGAAGAA